AUGACGGAAUCCUGCAACGAACCUACUGGCCGUCUGGUCUCGCACUUCGCCGGCAGAUCCCACGCAGGCCACACUCGGGGCUGGUCGGAGCUGUGGGAGUCCGAUCAAAGUGGCUUUUGGGACCGCGGAAAGCCGUCUCCCGCACUCAUUGACUUUGUUGAGUCGCGGCCCGAGGUGUUGCAUCCGCCCCCAGAAGAGAGACGCUUGCGAGCGCUUGUCCCAGGCUGUGGCAAAGGCUAUGACGUUGCCAUGCUGGCGCUUCAUGGAUUUGACGUCUACGGCCUCGAAGUUUCCGAAAAGGGGGCUCAAGUGGCGAGGAGUUAUGUGGCAUCUGAGCUCGUCCAGCCUAAUGAACUCAACUAUGCCAACAGAGACGAAUGGCUUUCUACACCGCGGGGUGCACCGGAGAUAAUUACGGGCGACUUCUUUAAGCGAGACUGGCAGUGGCAAGUUACUUGCACUGAGGACGGCGUCACCGGAUUUGAUCUCAUUUACGAUUACACUUUUCUCUGCGCCAUUCUCCCAGGGAUGCGCAAGAACUGGGCUCGGCGCAUGGGCGAGCUGCUGGCGCCUGGAGGCGUUCUGAUAUGUCUCGAGUUUCCUCUUUACAAGGACCUCAACGCCCCAGGGCCCCCCUGGGGGCUUCGUGGCGUGCAUUGGAACCUCUUGGCUCAAGGAGAAGAUGGUAUUCUUGACGGACCUGUGGGCGAGGCCGGUCCUACCAAUGGGCGCUUUGACAGGGUUCUUUACUUGAAACCUCCUCGAUCUUACGAGAAUGGAAAGGGGACAGAUAUGCUAAGUGUAUGGGCCCUCAAGUCAUGA